AUGCACGCUCGAUGCAAGCGCCCGGGCACCCGAGCCGAGUCGGCGGAGGUUUCGCUUUCAACGCAGCCAGCAUCCGCACACUGCAUCUGGGCUGAAGAUGCGCCCGCAAAGAAAAAAGAUGCGGCUCCGCACAGCGCAGGCGCGCGGUUUGGUCAUCCGAUUUUCGAUUUUCAACGCAGCGCCUCGCUUGAGCGCGCAAGCCGCCAAACUGUGACGCUGCCUCCGCCUCUGCAAGCCCAACUUCGCACCCCGCCAGCCGAGCCGACGUCAGAGCGUCGCCACCGCCCACUCGCCGCCAUUCUCCACUGGUUAGAAACCGUCUUCACCAUGGCGACUGCAAAGGCUGACGUUCCACAGGCGGCCGGUAGGGCCCCAACGACCCGCCCAUCCAUGGGCGACCAGAAGCUUACGGACAGCAAAGUCCCGUCGAUUGCGCCCGACAAUGCGUGCGAUGAGCCCUCGCCUUACGCGCCCGGCGGUGAGGGUCACAAGGCAAUCGCCACCGACCCAGUCACGGGCGAAGGCUACGACAAGGUGUACGGUGUUCGUCCCAAGACGACGUGGCAUCUGAAGCCCGCAUCGGAGCGCACGCUGUGGGAGUUCAUCGCAUCCAUCGACAUCGCACCCGACGUGUGCUACGCCAAGCGCGACGCCUCCGAGAAGCUGCGUGGUCCACCCCCCACGCAGCCGAUCUGGAAGGAGAACGUGUUCAUCCUGACGACUGCCUCGGUGGCACCUCUGCUGCACACGGCGUGGAACUACACGUUCCCGAACCACCCCAUGCACUGGGCACCCGCGUGGAUCAUGUACCACACGGCCUUCAUCGGGUUCGCCGUGCGCAUGAUCCGACGUCUCCACAAGUACAUGGCCGAAUACGGUACGCUCGACGAGCAGAACCGCGGUCGUGACCUUGUCGACGACAAGCACGUCAACCACCUCGGCCAGAGCAUUUUCAUCUACACCAUCUUCCGCACGCUUGCGCCGUUUAUGCUCGCAUGGCGCGGUGACAUGACCAACGUCUUCGAGGGUCUCUCGUGGGCCACUCCACUCAAGAUCGGAUGGUGGGAAAUCGCCCUCGACUACUGGUUCUACCUCUACCACCGCUCCUGCCACGAAUACGACUUCCUCUGGUUCAUCCACAGGCAGCACCACGCAACCAAGCAUCCCACGCCCAUCCUCUCCAUCCUCGCAGAGGACUACCAGGAGGUGCUCGAGAUCUUCAUCGUCCCCUUCCUCGCAACCGCCAUCUCGCCCAAGAUGAACUUUAUCGAGAUGUGGCUCGUCGUUUGCUACACGCUCUACGUCGAGGCCCUCGGCCACAGCGGUAUCAGGGCUUACUGGGCACACCCUGUGCUCGGUAGGGUCCUGGCCCCCUUCGGCAUGGAGCUGACCGUUGAGGACCACUCCAACCACCACCUCUACGGUAAGGCCGGCAUGAACUACGGCAAGCAGACGCGUGUCUGGGACCGCAUCUUCGGCACCGUCGACCCCCGACGUGAGACCCAGGAAGUGGGCAUCUUCGGGUCCUAG